GGCAUCGCACUGGGGGAGGGGCGCGGCGCCCCAUCCAGAGUCGCGGCCGUCCAGGUCCUCCCGCGCGCCUCGUAGCCCGCGGGUCCUCCUGCAGCCCGCCUGCUGGGCAGGGCCGGCUCGGCCCGGCCAUGGAGUCCUACGACAUCAUCGCCAACCAGCCCGUAGUCAUCGACAAUGGUUCAGGGGUGAUCAAGGCUGGUUUUGCAGGAGACCAGAUUCCUAAGUACUGUUUCCCAAACUAUGUCGGACGGCCCAAGCACAUGCGAGUUAUGGCUGGAGCCCUGGAGGGGGACCUCUUCAUUGGACCGAAAGCAGAGGAGCACCGGGGGCUGCUGACCAUCCGCUACCCCAUGGAGCAUGGCGUGGUACGAGACUGGAAUGACAUGGAGCGCAUCUGGCAGUACGUCUACUCUAAGGACCAGCUGCAGACCUUCUCCGAGGAGCACCCUGUUCUUCUAACGGAGGCCCCACUGAACCCCAGUAAGAACCGGGAGAAGGCGGCAGAGGUGUUCUUUGAGACCUUCAAUGUUCCUGCACUGUUUAUCUCCAUGCAGGCCGUGCUCAGCCUGUACGCAACGGGACGCACAACAGGAGUGGUUUUAGACUCAGGGGAUGGGGUCACUCACGCUGUCCCCAUCUAUGAGGGCUUUGCCAUGCCACACUCCAUCAUGCGGGUAGACAUUGCGGGCCGUGACGUCUCUCGGUAUUUGAGGCUGCUGCUGCGCAAGGAAGGUGCUGACUUCCACACCUCGGCUGAGUUUGAGGUUGUCCGGACCAUCAAAGAGCGAGCCUGCUACCUGUCCAUCAAUCCCCAAAAGGACGAGGCUCUAGAGACUGAGAAGGUGCAGUACACCCUUCCAGACGGCAGCACACUUGAUGUGGGGCCUGCACGCUUCAGGGCCCCUGAGCUGCUGUUCCAGCCAGACCUGGUGGGGGAUGAGAGUGAGGGGCUCCAUGAAGUGCUGGCCUUUGCCAUCCACAAGUCCGACAUGGACCUUCGCCGGACACUCUUCUCCAAUAUUGUGCUCUCGGGGGGUUCAACGCUCUUUAAAGGCUUUGGAGACAGGUUACUAAGUGAGGUAAAGAAGCUCGCCCCAAAGGACGUUAAAAUCAAGAUCUCAGCCCCUCAGGAACGGCUAUACUCCACAUGGAUCGGCGGCUCCAUCCUCGCCUCCCUGGACACUUUCAAGAAGAUGUGGGUAUCCAAAAAGGAAUAUGAAGAAGAUGGCUCCCGUGCGAUUCAUCGCAAAACCUUCUGAUGCCCAAGGAGGGUGGACAUAUUGGGAGAGAGGGAGGAGAGGGGAGCCACGAGCCCUCGACCCCUUUUGGUCUGGGUUCAUGUUCUAGGCCUAGGGUCCCCUGCAUGCACUGACCCUGGAGCAGGUGGUGCAGUCAUGCUCGCCUGUAGCCCUCCCCUCCCCCUGUGCUCAACAUACACAGACACAGAGAUUAAGGUUUAGCUGCAUGGAUGGCAGCCCCAAGCUGGACGUUGAGUUGGUGUGGGCGACCCUCUGAGCAGGGCCACUUUGGCCUGUGGUUCCUUGCUCUAAUCUUGAAGCUCCGAGACCAGACACUCCCGUGCUCCCACUGGAGCUAGAGUCCCUGGGCCGCUGAGUGGGCUGAGGGGGCAGCCAAGAGCUCCCACUGGGAUGGUGAGGCACAUUGGUGUGUUCCAUGCCAGUUUCCUCUCCCUGGCCUGACAGGGACCUGGACCUUUGCACAUCCAGUUUUGCUGGGCAGAUGUCCUAGAUAGGGCUGACGAGGGAACAGUCGUCCAUCCCCAAGGAGGGAAUGUGGCCACGGGUCAGAGCAUCAGAGCCAUGGGCAGCCAUGCUCGUGCUGUGCCUACUCUCUUUCAAGGCACUACACUGAUUUGCUCCCCCAGCCCCCUUUCCCUCCAUGCCCUGGACAGGAAGGGAUUAUAGUCCUUAUUUGCUGAGAGAAAGCCAUUUAAUCAGGUGUCAGAGCCAAAUGCAGGCACGUCCUCACAUCCCUCAAGAAAGGUCUUCACCGUGGCCAGGGCCCCACCUCCCUCUCCAGAGCUGAACGAUAAUUUAACACAGUUGCCUGAAAAAUAAUUCUUUUUUAUAAAUCAUUAUAGUAAUAAUUAUGGACAAAGCCCAAUGUGUGGCUCUGAUUCUUGUGGCUUUAUGUGCUCUUGUUUGCUCACUCAUCCCUGGGGAUGUUGAGAGAAAGGACCAGAGGGAACUCAGCACGACUCUGGCAUAGCUCAGGAGCUUGAGGCCUUCAGUGGUUGGCAGGGCGACAGGACAUGUGAGGCCAACCUCAUUACCUUCUUGCCGUGACCUGCUAGGGGAGGCAGAGCCAGGCUGCCUUGCGUGUGUGCCUCACAUGUCACACAGGCCUGCAGAGACACUGGGGUGCCGCAGUGAUGCAGACUUACCAGCCUGGGGCAGGAUGAGAAGGGCAGCCUAGGAAUGGUCCAGGCUCCACAGGAAGAAGCAGAACACAGGAAGUCCUGCAGGCAGUGAGAGCUCAACACAUAGGCAAGUCUGCGUGUUAGCAUGUCAGCACCUAUCACACGAAACGGCUUUGAGGCUGGUGGAGCACAAGAGGGCUUUGCCCCAAAUAGCACUCUACUCAAAGGAGAAAGAUACCAGUCACUUUGGAACAGCGUUGGGCCUCAUUCAACAGUGAGGCGUGCUGGCUUGUAAGAGCUUGGGUCAGUCCGUGGUUAGGGAGAGUCCUUUGACAGUUGUUGGCAAGGAUGGAUAAACUGGUCUGUAGCACUGUGACAAACCAAAGAGGUCCGUUGGCCUAGCAUGUUGAGGGUCUGCAGAAGGUAGUUUAGCUGCGGACUAGGUGACAGUGUUCACUAUGGAAGAGAGUGACCAAGUGUUGAAAGCUAUAGGCCAAAGUGCUGAUCAGGUGAGUGCAGGGGCUUCUGUGUGGCCAGAUGGUCAAAGCAUAGGGACCCUGCAGACCAGCUCUUGUGCUGCCACCGCUGGCUCCUAGCCACCUGAGUUUGGAGCCUUACUGCUGAGUUCCUCCCUCCUCACAUGCCCCAUACUUUGUCAAUCACCAAGCCUGUGUCUCCUGCAGUCCCUUUGCUACCAUCCUUUCCCAUUAGGGCCACCCCAGCCUAGCUCAUGACCUGCUCCGUUCUGCCCACCCAGUGUGUCUGCUCCCAUAAUCUACUACGCGGGUAACCACUUCAAAUCUGUAAUGAGUUCUAAGCCAUACAAUAAAAUACUCAUGAGUCCUUA